AGGCCCACCUUAUCAUCCUCACCAGCACUGGACACCGUUCGGAAGCCCUUUGGCGAAGGAGGUGGGAAGGCGGCGAAGUGUCCGAGCCCAUUUAACACACCAAGUUGGCCGAUUUCCCUUUCUUCUCUUUCGUUUUCUUUUACUGUUCUUCCGUGCGGUGGGCCGUGGGCAUCACCAGAAGUGCACCAGCAACACUUUCCGGCAGAGCCGGCGGCGGCUGAAAGCAAAGAAAAUCACUAUCUUGAUAUGCUGAAUCUCACCAAAUUUCGAAACAUUUUCAACAAAACCUCGUUUGGCCCAAUUCCCUCACAAUCCGUGUGCUUUAGUUUCACUUCUUCAUCAAACCCAAUUGCUCAUCCUUCAUCUUCGCCAGCUGUCGCCAUCUUUUGGGAUCUCGAUAACAAGCCUCCCAAAACCUCCCCGCCUUUCGAUGCCGCCAUUCGGCUCAAAAAAGCAGCACAAAAAUUUGGGUUCGUCAAGCACAUGAUUGCUUACGCCAAUCGACACUCGUUUACCUACGUGCCUCCACUAAUUCGCGACCAAAGAAGAGAAAGAAAAACCUUAAACGAGCUCGAGAAAAUCGGCACCAUCAAGCCAUCAGAGCCCUACACGUGCGGUGUUUGCGGGAGAAAGUUCUACAAAAACGAGAAACUCAUCAACCAUUUUAAGGACAUUCACGAACGCGAGCAAGCAAAACGUGUGAACCAGAUUGACUCUGCUCGUGGCAAGAAAAGGGUUCGAUUAGUGGCCAAAUACUCGAUGAAGAUGGAAAAAUACAAACGGGCUGCCAGGGAUGUGUUGACUCCGAAAACCGGGUAUGGGCUGGCGGACGAGGUUAGACGGGCCGGGUUUUGGGUCCGGGAGGUUUCGAACUUGCCUCAGGCUGCUGACGUGGCGUUGAGGAAUCACAUGGUGGAGCUCAUGGAUUGGAGGGCGAUGGAUUGUAUUGUUCUUGUUUCGGAUGACUCGGAUUUCGAGGGGGUUUUGAAGGAGGCGAGGGAGAGGUGUCUAAAGACUGUGGUCGUGGGUGAUGUCAGCGAGGGGUGUUUGAAAAGGAUUGCCGAUAGCUCGUUUUCUUGGGAGGAGAUUUUGAUUGGGAAGGCGAGGAAGCAAGCGGUCUCGGUUGUGGGGAAGUGGAAGGAUUUUAGUGUGUUGAAGGGGUUAGAGUGGACUUAUGAUCCAGAGAGGGAGAAAAGAUCGUAUUUUGAGGAGAUCGAGAGCCGGGGUUCGGAUUUUGAGGGGUCUGGUUCAGAUGAUGACUCGGGCUCGGGAUCGGUUUUAGGGGAAGGGGGUGAUUGGUGGGAAAUUGAGUCGAGUGGUGAUGAUGGUGAUGAGAGAUGAUUGAAUUGUGAGUUAGUUAGAAGGCAUGUGAUAUUUUUUGGAUAAUUUACCAAAAUGGAAAAGGAAAACAGAGAAGAAGGAAGAAGAAAAAAAGACAUUCAGAGUUUUCUUUUCUUGCUGUAUUUGUGGGAAAAAAAGAAAAAAAACUCGAUCUGUCUUUGGAAAUUGUGUGGUUUUCGAUGGAUAUUUUCUUUUGGUGUGUUUGUGAUUCUAAAAGAUGGAACUGUUUGUCUCGACAUGCUGGGGUGUUUGAUGUUCGACCAUCGUCAAGCUAGCAGCUUUUUUUUGGGCUCUCAAUCNCUAUUUGCUAU